UCGCGACAUCCCAAAGUUGAUGGCUGCUGUAAAUCUGGCCUGCCAUUUCGCACCCAUGCCAGAACCGGCGCGAUCGUUGGCGAUGUUUCAGCUGCUCACCCUGCUCUGUAAUUGUUUCCCGAAGAUUCGUAAAUACACCGCGGAACAGUUAUAUCUCCAUCUGCUGACAAGGUGUGACGACGACGAGCAGGAAGCGGAGGAGGAAGAGGAGGAGGACGGCGAGGAGGGGGAGGAAAGACAAGAUUGCCUGGAUGAAGUAUUUGAGAUUCUCACAGAAACGCGCUGGGACUCUCCCGUGGCAGAAAUUAGGAAGGACCGCGACAAGCUCUUCGAUCUGCUAAAGGUCCCAAAGCUCCCUACCAAAGCCAGCGCGCAUCGAUCCUCCGCCGUGGCAAGCUGUUCUGCAACAGUUCUGUAAACCGUGGGUCUGUACCGGAUCGUGGGAUCUUAGGAAAUUGGAACUUAGAAUUUGGAGUUUUGAACAACA